GAACCGUUGUGCUUUAAAAGGCGCAAAUACAAAUUACGACCAUUCAUUUCUAAUACCGUCGUGUUUUAAAACGCGCUGGACAAAAAUUUCAUUUAAGUUCUAACUUUUCACGUACAGCUCUCUCUCUCUCUCAAACACUCACUCUCACGACCCUUUCAGAAAACCCUCUCUCCCUCUCUCAAACACCAUCUCCAUUGCGCCAUCUUGGUUACGAGCUCGCCAUCCGAGUCAUAGAUCGAGCCAUCCAGGUCACAGAUCUCGCCGUCCAGGUCACUGAGGUCGCCAUCUUGGUUUCAAUAUCGCGCUAACUCUCUAGCUAUCUUCACUCUGGCUCUCUCGAAAGCCCUCUCUUGCCGACGCUCUCUUUCUUGUUGUCUCUUUCUCUAGCUCACAGAUCCACAAGAUGGAGAGGGAGGUUCUGGAUCUGAGAAUCAAGAGAUGUUUGGAUGCGGUGAAGAUCUCGACCUUCACUUUCUUCAAAGAAGAUCUCGCUCUCAGGCACUCAACUUGCUCAUCAAACUCAGCGACUCGAUCUAGAAAGAUUUAUGGAAAUCGCCGUCCCACAAGGCCUUCGUAAUCAAGAAGAAGCUGACGAAGAAGAUGAGGCAAAACAGACCCAUCCCUCACUAGAUCCGUUUGAGGACCGACAACAUCAUCAGCUUAAAAUGGUUGUGGCUACGGCUUCUUGCAGUCUUGGGGUUAACUUGAAUAGUAACUGUAGUUUUGAAAAAACCCCUUGCAAUUCCAUUACAAACUGGGGCUAUAGUAGAAGGGUCUUUGGGUUUGGUUCUAAAAGCUUCUGCAUUGUUCAGAAGAAGGGAAGUGAUGAGUAUUAAUUUAAAGGAUCUACCAGUGGAGAGUACUUAAAGGAUCGGGAUACUAAGAUAAAUUUGACUCUUCUUGCUAGUUUGGCUCAGAAGAAGGGAAGGUAUGCUUUUGAAGGUUCCACCAGAAGAGCAGAAGCUUGCAGUCAUUCAACUGUGGUGAAUCUUAUUUUUAUGUUUUUGGAUCAAUUGACAUAUCUAGACUGGGUUGUAGAGUCAUCCAGGUUUGUUUUUUAGAGAGAUGUAUGUCUAGACUUGGAUUUGAAUUUGUUCAAAUUUGGAUAGCUUGUGAAUUUGGUGGAAGAAUGUUGAUAUUUUUUUAAUGCAAUGAAUUAUUUUAUUGUGACUGA